GUUUUAUUCUGGUUCUGCCUCUUGUCAGCCAAAGCAGCACCAUGCUGUCUGUGCUCCUAAACCUGAUCUGUACUGGCCUCUUCCUAGUCCUCAGGACAUUGGCACAAGCAGGAAGUCAUGACAAGCCUUCCCUCUCUGCCUGGCCAAGCCAUAUUGUUCCUUUGGGACAGCGUGUGGAACUUCGAUGUGACUCUCAUAGUGUCUAUUACACAUUCAAGUUGUACAAAGAGCUUGGUAAUCCUAUCCCUCACAUCCAUGGAAGACCAUUCCAGAGGAAAUUUGUCUUUGAACCUGUGACAACAGAACAUGCAGGGACAUACAGAUGCUAUGGUUUCAAUGAUCAUUACCCUAUUAAAAUUUCAGCCAACAGUGACCCUGUGAAGAUCAUAAUUUCAGGAGUCUACAGGAAGCCUUUCCUCUUGGCCUUACAACCUCCCCUGGUGAAUUUACAAGAGAAGGUGACACUGGAGUGUUAUUCAGAGAUUAUGUUUGAAACCUUCAUUUUGACAUCACAUAAAAAUGGAACAAUCAAAGACUCUUUCGAGCUUUCUGCAGAACAUUAUCAUUGGGGUUCCCAAGCCAACUUCUCAAUAGGUCCUGUGACACCUGAUGAUGCUGGGACAUACACAUGCUAUGGUUCUUACAAUCACACACCAUAUGAGUGGUCUGAAUCUGGUGACCCCAUUGACAUAAAGAUCACAGGUUUAUACAAGAAACCUUUUCUGUCAGCCCUAAUGGGUCCUGUGGUGAUGUCAGGAGAGAACAUGACCUUGUCCUGUGUCUCUGAACUUCAGUUUGACAUGUUCCAUCUGUCCAGGGAAGGGGUACCCAAGGAACAUGGGCUGCCUUCAGUGAAGAGCCACAAUGAAACAUUCCAAGCCAACUUCCAUCUUGGUCCUGUGGUCCAGGCAGGGUACUAUAGAUGCUAUGGCUCUUUCAGGAACUCUUCCCAUUUGUGGUCAUCCCCAAGUGACCCCUUGUACCUUCCUGUCACAGUUAACUCAACAAGAAAUUUCACCUCAAGCACAGAAGCAGACUCCACAACCAAUACCCACAGGAACUUGCAUAUGCUGAUUGGACUGUCAGUGACCAUGAUCCUUGUCUUCCUCAUCAUCCUCCUUUUUUCUUUUUGCUUUGCCAAAAAGAGUAAGUCUCAGGAACAAGCCAGUGAAAGUCAUCUGAGAAAUGUGAGAAAACAAGAGCAGAGAAAUAGAGCCAUCAUGGACCAAGACUCUGACGUGAGAACAAUACUGAACAGUCAGGACCCUGAAAGAGAAGAAGUGCAGGAGGUGACAUACUUAAAAUUUGAUCAGAUGAUCUUCAAACAAAAAUUGACCACUCCUGAUUCCCAGAUUCCCAAGGAAUUUUCCACAGAUCCCAGUGUGUACAUGGAAGUCAGGAAAUGUUAAGCUGAGAUGAAAGAUCUUCUUCAUCCCAUGAGUUCUCAAAGAAAGAUCUGAGGAAGUCUUCUGUGGAGACCACAGUCCUAUCUCCAGUAAAGACUAGUACAUACAGUGAAACAACAGCUGGAAUGUGAAGACAGAGGUCUCUAACUUUGGGACCAUGCUUCAUUAUUGUAAUAUGGUUCUGAACGUGGCUUUCCUUUACUUACAAAAGUUAUAGUCCUCACUACCCACUCAACAGAAAUAAAAAUCUUUUGCUUAGUUCAUGGGUCUCUAUUUCAUUUCACUUUGGCAGACCUCUACAACCUGACUAGCUGUAAGUUCUUGAUGGACAUGAAGCUGUAACCACAUUGAGUUCUCAUGAUUGCAGAUCAACAAGAGGCUCACUCUUUAUUAUGUAUGUUACUAAUAUGUAAUCAUGUUAUACAACAUAAUGGGUUUAAAAACAAUUUCAUAU